AUGAGGAUAGCCCAGAGUAGACAGAAAAGUUAUGCUGACAGGAGAAGGAAGGACUUGGAAUUUCAAGAAGGUGACCAUUUGUUCUUGAAAGUCAUUCCGUGGACUGGGGUUGGCAGGUCAUUGAAAUCCAAAAAACAUACUCCUCGAUUUAUUUGUCCUUUCCAAAUUCUAAAAAGAGUCGGUAGUGUUGCCUACCAAAUUGCUUUGCCUCCUAAGCUGUCAAAUCUCCAUGAUGUUUUCCACAUUUCCCAACUUCGAAAAUACAUUCAUGAUCCUUCGCAUGUGAUUGAGUCGGAUCAUCUUGAGGUUAAGGAGAACCUAACUGUGGAAGCUACCCCGGUGAGAGUCGAGGAUCGAAUGGUGAAGCAACUUAGGGGUAAGGAAAUUCCUUUGGUGAAAGUUAUUUGGGGAGGAGCUACACCUGAAAGUGCUAUUUCGGAGCUAGAGGAGAAGAUGAAAACAUUGAGAUAUGAGUACAGUUUCUCCAAACCUUUUCCUCACGACUUUGUUGUAUACCAGAUUGAGAGAUGUUGCCCCAAGGAUGUUGGGCAGGAGGUGUGUCGUGAUACCUCUAGUGCUGGUGGACAAAAAGAUAGAUGGGUGACAAGAAUUGUAGUGUUGCCCCUGCCAUAUUUAUCUUAA